AUGACUUCAGCGGCGAACAUGGCAGUAAGGGAAAAGCGUCGAGGAACUUCCCAGCAGGAUAUCGACCAGAUGGAGGUUCGAAAGGCUUUGACGGCGGCCGAGUAUUCGCGACGACAGUUUGUCCUCAACUUCGCGGCCAGCAAGGACAUUCAGCUCCUCAUUCCCGGCAAGAAGGCGCAGGCGAUCAAGGAAGCCGAAGAGUGGACGGUUAUCUGGCUGGCCCAGAAUCAGCUCACUACAGUAUCCAACGAUUUUUUCAAGUACACGGUUGACUUGAGGCUAUGGUGCAAGCUCGUCGGUGACGAGAUUCCGUUCCCAUUUGCGUUCAUGAAGUGCCCCAACAAUCCCAGCGAUGGCGAAAACAGGAGCAGGGCACCAACACCAAAGGGUGAUGCUUUCUUGACCAGACAUGCCGUCGAGACUACCCCCGACCCCAGCUCCGCUCCCAACCUGCCCGCCAGCAAGCAAGUUAAGAGGCAGUCCCUUCAACGAUCGGAAUCAGAUAACGAGACCGUGACCAGAAGGCAUACGGACAUGAAGAAUGCAAAGACAACUGAAAUUCCUCUGAACAAGGCGCGCAGCCUCUCGCUCGACAGCGCGGACGACGACCUGAAGGUACGCAAGAAGUCCAGCAACCGCUUCUUGAUGCGGUUGAGCCGCUCAUGGGCUCGACGGGUCUCAUCCUGA